GAGCGCGUAGGCCGAAUUUGUUAUAGCGGCAGACAUGGCGCUGUUAGACGAAUUGGUCGCAAAUUACCAGCUCCUCACGCAGGAAUGGAGCAAGAAAUCCCCCGACCUCCGGAGAUGCGGCGCCUUGUUAGCCAUGCUAAAGGUUACGUUGACGCAGCUGCCGUUCUUGCCCACUUCAAACACCGCCGUCACAAAGAAGGAGCUCCUUUUAGCACGAGACAUACUCGAAAUUGGCGCGCAGUGGAGCGUCAUGACGCGGGACAUCCCCUCCUUUGAGCGCUACAUGGCCCAGUUAAAAUGCUACUACCUCGACUACCAGAACGACUUGCCCGAGUCUACGUACAAGUACCAGUUGCUCGGCCUCAACCUCCUCUGCCUACUGUCUCAGAACAGGGUGGCCGAAUUCCACACGGAGCUGGAGCUUCUGCCAGCCAAGGAGAUUCAGAGCAACGUGUACAUCACCCACCCGGUCUCCCUUGAGCAGUUCCUCAUGGAGGGCAGCUACAACAAGGUGUUCCUGUCGAAGGGUAACGUACCAGCGGCCAGCUACAGCUUCUUCAUGGACAUCCUGCUGGACACGGUGCGGGACGAGAUUGCGCGCUGCAUCGAGAAGGCCUACGAGCGCAUCUCCAGCCCCGAGGUCACCCGCAUGCUCUUCCUUGACUCGCCCCAGCUGACCGACGUCUACGCCAGCAAGCGAGGGUGGACGGCAACAAACAAUGUGUACCAGUUCGGCACGGAAGUGAAGCACACAGAAGACGUCAUCUCCACAGAAGACCUGGCGAUCCAGGCCAUAGGCUACGCCCGUGAACUUGAGAUGAUUGUCUAGCGGCCGCCACAAUUCAUAUUGCAGUGCUUGUCUGUCGCUCUUUUUUUUUUUUUUAAGUGUAUAAAAAUGCAAAUCUCUCA